GCCCAUCUCGAACGUGCGUCACGUAUGCAGACACACAAAAGCAAGAGGACGCUUUCAGGAAGCCAUGUUGACGACGCUCGUCACGCCACAUUUCGACGCAUAAACGGCGGGGAGGGGGAGAUACCACGCCAAAGUGAGCCCGUAGUUCGACUCGGAGCACGGAGCUAGCCAAGAUGUCGACGGACGACUUCCAGACCAAGUACGCCUCCUUCAUGGAGCACAUCGUGAAGAGCACCGUCGAGGAAACUACCAAACUUUUUGAAACUAUGGUCGACGACUUAAAGGCGGAACUAUCGAGGGCCAAGAUGGAGAACGAGGCCCUGAAAACAACAUGCCGGGAAAACGAAACCGUGAACACUCCUUCGGUCAACGAGUCGAGCCAAAGCGAGGGCCCGGAACGGCGCGACACGGCCGUCCAAUGCGACCUGCUUCCCAGCCACGCCUCGUUGGAUCAAAACCCACAACGUGCUCACGAAGAGAUGGUUUACAACCUGCUGAAGGACCACGACUAUGAUGCUUCAUUUAAAGAUAUUUUUUACCAGUCGCAGCCAGAGAUGUUAAACGUCUCUCCACCCACAGACACCAGCAAUGAACUCUUCCUUGCUCUCACAGAUUCAUCACCAGAAUCUUCCAGUGAAACUGACACUGAAGACUACCAGAUUGACCAGCACACUGACACAGAAGACUAUCAGAUUGACCAGCAAACUGACACGGAAGAUAUUGACCGGCAAUGUUCAUAUGGGAUGUGUAGAAAAAAUAAGUGCUUAGUGACCGCAGUUCAAGCUGGGUUAAAAAGAGAUCGUGAUGUACAUAAACCACCAACUAUAUUGGCAAAUUCACCUGCUACCACUGGUAUUAAGACAAGAGCCAAAUCCAAUGCCGAACAGAUGUUGGGGCGCAAAGGAUACGCUAAUCCCACAACUUUCCAAGAACAGUUGGCCGCACCAAAGGUUCAAAUUCAGCUUCAAUCAUUUGGUAAAACACCAGCAAAUAAACAAGCACGUGUGGUUGUGCAGCAGUACAGUGGUGUUCCCCAUCCAGAAGAACAGCAAGUGGAGCCAAGACUGCCGGAGAAACAAAUGCAGGGGAAGGAACAGCAAGUGGAGCCAAGACUGCUGGGGAAACAAAUGCAGGGGAAGGAACAACAAGUGGAGCCAAGACUGCCGGAGAAACAAAUGCAGGGGAAGGAACAGCAAGUAGAGUCCACUCUGUUGAAAAAACAAAUGGAGCAGAAGGAACAGCAAGUAGAGUCAACAUUGCUGAAAAAACUAAUGGAGAGGAAGGAACAGCAAAAAGAGCCAACACUGCGGGAGAAACAAAUGGAGAGGCAGGAACAGCAAAAAGAGCCAACACUGCCGGAGAAACAAAUGCAGGGGAAGGAACAGCAAGUAGAGUCCACUCUGUUGAAAAAACAAAUGCAGGGGAAGGAACAGCAAGUAGAGUCAACAUUGCUGAAGGAACAGCAAAAAGAGCCAACACUGCGGGAGAAACAAAUUGAGAGGAAGGAACAGCAAGUACAGUCAACACUGCUGGGAAAACAACCAGAGGGAAAGAAACAGCAAGUAGAGCCAACAGUGCUGGAGAAGGAACCGGAGGGAAAGGAACAGCGAAUAAAGCAAACACUGCCAGAGAAAGAACUGGAGCAAACAGAGCAGCAAGUAGAGUCAACACUGCUGGAGAAACAAACUGAGAGGAAGGAACAGCAAGUAGAGUCAACACUGCUGGAGAAACCACUGGAUGUGGGGGGAGAUAAAUGUAGCUUGACUGAAGAGGAACAGCAAGUGCCUGAGAAAGAACUGGCGGGAAAGGAACAUCAAGUAGAGCCAACGGUGCUGGAGAAAGAACUGGUGGGAAAGGAACAGCAAAUAAAGCAAACACUGCCAGAGAAAGAACUGGAAGGAACGGAACUGCAAGUUGAGCAAACACUGCUGGAGAAACCACUGAAGGAGGUGCCAAACAAAUGUGGCUCGACUGAAGAGAAGGCAAACGUGGAAAUAAAUGUGACGGUAAACAGAAACCGAAGGCAAAGAAAACAGCCCUCAGACAAAGUAAAACGUUUGCUUCAGACUCCGAAACAAAUAGCUGUUUCAGCGUCAAAUAAUGGUGAGGAACAUAAUGGAGUGGACCAUGUUCCUACUAUUUUCGAGAGGUACACAUCUUUAUGUGAGGUUGCAAAAGUGAGUCCGAGGUCAUGUACAACUGAAUGUACCACCAAAGCCAGCCCUGCAAAGAGUUCAUUCCCACCCGAGAUCAUCUCCGUUCAGGGAAAUGCCAGUUCGAAAAAGACCCGAGCAAAUCGCCCGCACCAGGAUACGUCUGCCCAUAAAAAGACUGACUCUCCAAGGAAAAGUUUAAUUAGAAAAUCUGGUCGUUCAAAAAAGUUUUAUGGCAUCACACAAGUGUGUCUGAGAUCAAGUACAGCUAAAGAUACCACCACAAGCAGCCCUCUAAAGACAACAGACCCACCUGGUCGUAAGAAGCGUGUCUCCACCCGGGAAAAUUCUGCCUCGAAAAAGACCCAAACAAUUUCCCCACUUCAAGAUAGGUCUGAAAAUGCAGAGACGGAAUCUUCAGGGAAAAGGUCAACUCGAAAUUCUGCUAAUUCGAAUAAAUCUCACGGGGUUCCAGAAGUGUCUCUGAGGUCAAGUACAACUAAAGAUAGCGCCACAACCAGCCCCCUAAAGACUAAAUCAUCACCUGAGAUUAUCUCCACUCAGGAAAAUGCUAGCUCGAUAAAGAUCCAAACUGUUUCUCCACAUCAGGAUGGGUCUUGCCGUAAAAACACUGAAUCUUCCGAUAAGGGAUUAGGCCAAGAUGGUGCUGGUUCAGAAAAGUCUCUUUGUGUUCCAGAAGUGUGUCUAAGAUCAAGCACAAUUAAAGAUACCACCAGCACGCCAGAGAGUACAGUCCCACCCGAGAGUAUCUCCGCCGAAGAAGAUGCUGGCUCGCAACUGACCCAAACAAUUUCUCCACACCAGGAUUUGUCUGCCCAUAAAAAGACAAAAUUAAGUAAAAAUUCUGCUACUUCAAACACUAAGUUAAGUACAACUAAAGAUACGACCAAAACCAGCCCCGCAAAAACUGCACUCCCAUCUGAGAGUAUGUCUACUAAAGAAAAUGCGAGCUUGAAAAAGACCCAAACAAAUUCCCCACAGCAGGACAGGUCUUCCCAUAAAGAGGCUGAAUCUUUAGGGACAAGAUUAAGUACAUUUUCUGCUAGCUCAAAGUCCCACGGUGUUCCAGAAGUGGGUCUAAUAUUAAAUACAACUAAAGAAACCACCGCAACCAGCCCCCCAAAGAGUCCAAUCCCACCUGAAAUUAUCUCCACUGAAGAAACUGCUAGCUCCAAAAAGACCCAACCAAAUUCCCCACAGCAGGAAAGAUCUGCCCAUAAAAGGACUGACUCUUCAGUGGUAAGAUUAACUAAAAUAUCUGCCAGUUCAAAAAAGUUCACAAGUGCUUCAGAAGUGUUUCUGAGGUCAAGUACAACUAAAGAUACCACCACAACCAGCCCCCCAAAGAGUGCACUCCCACCUGAGGUUAUCUCCAUUCAAGAAAAUGCUAGUUCAAAAAAGACCGAAACAAAUAAAGAGACUGGCUCUUUAGGGACAAGAUUAAGUCGAGAUUCUGCUAGUUCAAACAAGGCCCAUGAAGCUCCAGAAGUGUUUUUGAGAUCAAGUACAACUAAAGAUACCACCACAACCAGUCCUCUAAAGAGUACGUUACCGCCUGAGAUUAUCUCCACUCAGGAAAAGGCUGGCUCCAAAAAGGAUAGGUCCGGUAAUAAAAAGACGGAAUCCAGCGGGACAAAAUUAGCUAAAGAUUCUGCUAGUUCAAAAAAGUCCCAUGGGGUUCCAAAAGUGUGUGAGAGGUUGAGUUCAACUAAAGAUACCACCACAUUCAGCCCCCCAAAGAGUGAUCUCCCACCUGAGGUUAUCUCCAUUCAAGAAAAUGCUAGUUCAAAAAAGACCGAAACAAAUGCCCUACAGCAGGAUAUGUCUGGCCAUAAAGAGACUGACUCUUUAGGGACAAGAUUAAGUCGAGAUUCUGCUAGUUCAAAAAAGGCCCAUGAAGCUCCAGAAAUGUUUUUGAGAUCAAGUACAACUAAAGAUACCACCACAACCAGUCCUCUAAAGAGUACGUUACCACCCGAGAUUAUCUCCACUCAGGAAAAGGCUGGCUCCAAAAAGGAUAGGUCCGGUAAUAAAAAGACUGAAUCCUCCGCUAAAGAUUCUGCUAGUUCAAAAAAGUCUCUCGGGGUUCCAAAAGUGUGUGAGAGGUUGAGUUCAACUAAAGAUACCACCACAUCCAGCCCCCCAAAGAGUGAUCUCCCACCUGAGGUUAUCUCCAUUCAAGAAACUGCUAGUUCAAAAAAGACCGAAGCAAAUUCCCUACAGCAGGAUAUGUCUGGCCAUAAAGAGACUGACUCUUUAGGGACAAGAUUAAGUCGAGAUUCUGCUAGUUCAAAAAAGGCCCAUGAAGCUCCAGAAAUGUUUUUGAGAUCAAGUACAACUAAAGAUACCACCACAACCAGUCCUCUAAAGAGUACGUUACCACCCGAGAUUAUCUCCACUCAGGAAAAGGCUGGCUCCAAAAAGGAUAGGUCCGGUAAUAAAAAGACGGAAUCCAACGGGACAAAAUUAGCUAAAGAUUCUGCUAGUUCAAAAAAGUCCCAUGGGGUUCCAAAAGUGUGUGAGAGGUUGAGUUCAACUAAAGAUACCACCACAUUCAGCCCCCCAAAGAGUGAUCUCCCACCUGAGGUUAUCUCCAUUCAAGAAAAUGCUAGUUCAAAAAAGACUGAAACAAAUUCCCUACAGCAGGAUAUGUCUGGCCAUAAAGAGACUGACUCCUUAGGGACAAGAUUAAGUCGAGAUUCUGCUAGUUCAAACAAGGCCCAUGAAGCUCCAGAAAUGUUUUUGAGAUCAAGUACAACUAAAGAUACCACCACAACCAGUCCUCUAAAGAGUACGUUACCACCCGAGAUUAUCUCCACUCAGGAAAAGGCUGGCUCCAAAAAGGAUAGGUCCGGUAAUAAAAAGACGGAAACCUCCGGGACAAAAUUGGCUAAAGAUUCUGCUAGUUCAAAAAAGUCUCUCGGGGUUCCAAAAGUGUGUGAGAGGUUGAGUUCAACUAAAGAUACCACCACAACCAGCCCCCCAAAGAGUGAUCUCCCACCUGAGGUUAUCUCCAUUCAAGAAACUGCUAGUUCAAAAAAGACCGAAGCAAAUUCCCUACAGCAGGAUUUGUCUGGCCAUAAAGAGACUGACUCUUUGGGGACAAGAUUAAGUCGAGAUUGUGCUAGUUCAAAAAAGGCCCAUGAAGCUCCAGAAAUGUUUUUGAGAUCAAGUACAACUAAAGAUACCACCACAACCAGUCCUCUAAAGAGUACGUUGCCACCCGAGAUUAUCUCCACCCCAAAGAAUACUGGCUCAAAAAAGGAUAGGUCCGGUAAUAAAAAGACUGAAUCCUCCUGGACAAAAUUAGCUAAAGAUUCUGCUAGUUCAAAAAAGUCCCAUGUGGUUCCAAAAGUGUGUGAGAGGUUUAGUUCAACUAAAGAUACCAACACAACCAGCCCCCCAAAGAAUGAUCUCCCACCUGAGGUUAUCUCCAUUCAAGAAAAUGCUAGUUCAAAAAAGACCGAAACAAAUGUCCUACAGCAGGAUAUGUCUGGCCAUAAAGAGACUGACUCUUUAGGGACAAGAUUAAGUCGAGAUUCUGCUAGUUCAAAAAAGGCCCAUGAAGCUCCAGAAGUGUUUUUGAGAUCAAGUAAAACAAAAAAUACCACCACAACCAGUCCUCUACAAAGUACGUUACCAACCGAGAUUAUCUCCACCCCAAAGAAUACUGGCUCAAAAAAGACCCGAACAAAUUCCCCACACCAGGAUAGGCCUGGCAAUAAAAAGGCUGAAUCUUCAGGGACAAAAUUAUCUAAAGAUUCUGGUACUUCCAAAAAGUCCCAUGGGGUUCCAAAAGUGUGUGUAAGGUUUAGUUCAACUAAAGCUGCCACCACAACCAGUCCUCAAAAGAGUGCACUCCCGUCUGGGAGUCGUAAGAGGCGUAUCUCCACUCAGGAAAAUGCUGGCUCAAAAAAGACCCUCAAAGAUUCCCCAAACCAGGAUAGUUCUGGCAAUAAAAAGACUGAAUCUUCAGGGACGAAAUUAGCUAAAGAUUCUUCUACUAGUUGCAAAAGUUCCCAUGAGGUUCCAAAGGGGUGUCAGAGUCCCAGUACAACUAAAGAUACCACUACCAGCCUUCUGAAGAGUAUAUUCCCACCGAGGAGUCGUCGGGGGCGUAUUGUCACUCGGGAUAAUACUGGCUCCAAAAAGAGUGAUGCACACCAGAAUAGGUCUGCCCUUAAAAAGACUAAAUCUUCAGGGUCAAAAUUACCUAAAAGUGUCUCAUUUGAGUCCCCUUUACCAUCUGUCAGUCAGAAAGCGUCCAGUUUCAUUGAAAAUGAUGCAGGAUUGAAAGAGUCUUGCAGUGAAGAGGAGCCCACCUCCAAACGGUUGAAAAGACCAUACAGUUCAUUAUUAGGGACUUCUACUCUCUCAAGCCCUCAGUGGAAGAAAUUGCCUAAGAAAGCUACCGCUUUAAGUAAGGCGAGAGAAACUAUUGCUAAGAAACCCAGACUGGAUGAACAUUAUAGUAUUUCAGAACAGGUGAAAAUACGCAACGCGCAGAAGUCAGCUAAAGGAUCAGACCCAUCUAAAUUGAGGAAAACAAUGCACGAUUCCAGCGAUGAGACGGGAAAGAAAUCAACAUCUCCAUCUGUGCCAGCAAGGAAAGCUACCGCAUUAAGGGCAAAAAGGUCUUCUUCCUCGCCGGUCCAGAAGGAGGCACGGUCUCCAAGGUCUCAGAGUCUUGAGGCACCGUCCCCCAUGAGUCCCGCUGUCGGUUCCCCGCCACACAGUCUCUCCCCCCACGAUGUCAACACACCGCCAGCGCAGCCUUCAAUCGUCAUUGGUAAACCCCUGCUCAAGAACCAGUGUGGGCAGUGUGGUCGCGUUCUCAGCAGCCCCGCCGCCCUUGAGAGCCACCUCAAUCUCCAUAUAGGUCGCCGGCCAUUCUCUUGCCGGAUCUGUCGGAAGGACUUUCCUGAUGCCAGGGGUCUGAGACGGCACACCUGGGUGCACGCCGACAGCAGGAUCCAUGUCUGCCAGCAGUGUGGGAAGGGCUUCGUGUACAGUUAUGGCCUCACCAAACAUCUCCAGAUGGUGCAUAGGAAGAUUAAACCGUUUGUCUGCCAGAUCUGCGACAAGGCAUUCUUCACAAAGGGAGACGUGGAGGACCACAUACGUAUCCACACGGGGGAGAAACCAUUCCAGUGCCACGUAUGCGGCAAGAGAUUUGUGAAGAAAAUAGAGCUGAGAGCGCAUUUGAAGUGGCAUAGUGGAGAGAAAAGACACUGGUGUCCAUAUUGUGGGAAAGGAUUCUUUGACUACAAUAACUUGAAAAGACACAAGUAUAUCCACACGGGAGAGAAACCCAAGUCUUGUCCACACUGCCCGAAACACUUUAAGCAGUCGAGCCAUUUGAAAAAGCACAUCAGAACUAUACAUAAAAAUGUGUGAGUUGAGAAAGACUAAAAGUUGUUUUCUUUGAAAAUGUAUUUUUUGUGACACAUUUUAGCGUUGCCACAAAUAGGAAGAAAUGUCUUCAAUAAAAAAAAAAAU